UCUAGUAUCGGUAACGUAAUUAUUUAGAUACAAAUUAUUUCAUUAAAUUUAAUAUUUUUUAAUUAAAAAUGGUUUAUAAAAGUGAAGAAAAAUGCAAUGAUUUAUAUAUAAAAUCAGAAAAAGAGAAUUCACAAGUAUUUGAAAGAAAACGAGCUCAAUAUAAAGAUCUUUCAGAAAAGUUCGCAAUAACAAAAAGUGAUUAUUCUAAACAAUUUGCCCAUAUAUAUUCUGCUAGACUUGCUGAAUUAAGAGAUAUUUUAAUUCCACGUGUCCAAACUAAAUGGGGUAUGUUAUUAACUUUUCUUUUGUGAACAAUAUAUAUUAUCAGGGGUCAACAGUGUAUACUAAUUGGUACACUAUAUAAACAUCAGCAAUGGAAACCAUCAAUUUUACGAGAACUUAGUGAAGAUCAUCAACUUAGUGUCUCCUGUUCUAAAUCAAAUUAUUGUUCAGAAAAAGACCAAUCAUUUUUAGAAGAUGAAAUGUUACGUAUUAAAUUAGUGGGUAAUCAAGUUAACUUAAAACAAAUUAUUACUGGAGUUGUUUGUGCUAUAUUAGGCAAUGAAAAUAGUGAUGGAACAUUUAUGGUAAAAGAUUGGUGUUUUCCUGGAUGUGCACCAAAAGAAUCUUUAAAAGAACAUAUAUCACAAAAAAAAUUGGUAAUAGUAUCUGGAUUAGAUUUAUCCAAUAAUUAUGAAAGUUUGGGAAUAUCUCUCUUUUAUGAAUGGUUAUGUGGAAUGGCUGGUAAUACAACAAUACAAAAAGAUAAUACUUCUAUUGUUCGCCUUAUUAUAGCAGGUAAUAUCACAAAAAGUAGUGAUAUAAUGAAUACUAGUACAAAACUUGGAGAAAUAAUAAAGAUUGUGGAUACAUUCUUAAGUAAUUUAGCAAUGUGUUGUAAUAUUACCUUGAUGCCAGGAGAACAUGAUCCUACUAAUGCUAUGUUACCACAAAAACCAUUUCAUCCUUGUUUAUUACCUAAAUCAUCCAGAUUUGAAAGUUUUAAAAGUACUACAAAUCCAUGGAUUGGUAAAAUUGAAGGACGAAUAAUAAUUGGUACUAGUGGUCAAUCAGUUGAAGACAUCAUAAAAGUAACAGGUGAAACUAAUAUUUCACCUCUCGAAUGGCUAGAAAAAUCUUUACUGUGGAGACAUAUGUGUCCAACUGCUCCAGAUACAUUACUAGCUUGUCCAUAUUAUGAAAAAGAUUUGUUUAUUAUAAAAAAAUGUCCAGAUAUAUAUUUCAUAGGAAACACAGAUAAAUUUGAAACAAAACUAUGGAAAGGUGAAGAAAACCAAAUCGUUAGAUUAAUAUCUGUUCCACGUUUUAAUAUGACUUGUACUGCUGUGAUAGUAGAUUUGGAGAAUUUGGACACCCAAUAUAUUUCUUUUGGUAAUACUUAAACUAUAAAGAUAUUAAUGUUUGCCAUGUAAUGUUAUUAUAUUAUUUUAUUCUAAUUUAAUAUAAGUUUUAUAUGAAUAUAUAUAUAUA